GCAUCGCCAUGGGCCCGUCGCGUCUUUGGGAGAGAGAGACAGAAAAAAAAAAAAGGGUCUUGUCGUGUAAACUACAGCUCGACAUUUGAGAGCAACUACGUACUCAUCUAAAGCGCUCUUUCAAAGACCUGCCCCCUUAUCUGAUGAUGUCGCCCAGUGGGACAGAGACCCGCGACAACAUGGCCUCGACGCCUGCCGCCGAUGUCGCACCUGGAGACGCUUCCGUGCUGCAGGAGAAGAGCAGCGGCCAUGACGACACAUUCCCAGGCUCGAGUCCAGCAGACACCACCACCACCAUGGACCACGACGGAGAGAAACCAAGGCGCCCCAGCCUCAGCAACACGGGCAGCGACCGGUCCGGCGAGAGCACCGCGGCCGAAGAGGGCGGUCCUCCGCCCGCCGACCCCUUCCUGGUCGAAUGGGAGGGCGACGGCAGCAAUGACCCCAUGUGCCCCCGGAGCAUCAGCCACGGCCGCAAAUGGGCCAUUGUCCUGAUUGUGUCGGCCGCCAGCUUCUGUGUCACUGGCGCCUCCUCUAUAUACACGUCCGCCUAUGCGGCCAUGGAGGCCGAGUUUGGCAAUUCGCGCAUCGUCUCGACGCUGGGCCUCUCGCUCUUCGUCCUCGGCCUCGCCCUGGGCCCCAUGCUCUUUGGGCCCCUGAGCGAGUUCUACGGCCGCCGCCCCAUCUACCUCGUCGCCUGGACCAUGUACCUCAUCUGGAUCAUCCCACAGGCCGUCGCCCCAAACAUCGCGACCAUGAUUGUCUGCCGCUUCCUCGACGGCUUCGCGGGCAGCACCUUUCUGGCCGUCUCCGGCGGCACCGUCAGCGACCUAUUCUCCCGCGAGCAGCUCCAGUGGCCCAUGGCCAUCUUCUCGGCGGCCCCGUUCACCGGCCCCUGUAUCGGUCCUCUGAUCGGCGGCUUCAUCAACCAGAACACUCCCGUCUGGCGAUGGACGUUUUGGGUGCUGCUCAUCUGGGCUGGUGUUCUCGAGGUGGCCAUUGUGUUUUUCGUCCCAGAGACAUUCCACCCCGUCCUCCUCCGCAAAAAGGCAAACAAGGUCCGCGCAGAGACCGGCGACAACAGGUGGCACGCCGCGACCGAGACGGUCCGCGACGGCAGCGGCAAGGACACGCCGCCCCACGCGCCCACGGACUUCGGCGCCGUGUCCCGGGCCAUCGGGCUCUCCCUGCUGCGCCCCAUCCAGCUGCUCGUCCUGGAGCCCAUGUGCCUGUGCCUGUGCACCUUCACCGCGAUCCUGCUGGGCAUCCUGUACCUCUUCUUCGGCGCCUUCCCCCUGGUCUUUGGCACCGUGUACGGCUUCACGCUCGACCAGGUCGGCCUGUCGUUCCUGGGCAUCCUGACCGGCCUCAUCAUCGGCUGCGCGAUGGACCCCGUCUGGGCCGGGGUCCGGGCCCGGCUGAGCCGCAAGCUGUCGGCCGAGACGGGCGUCGAGGGCGCCAGCGAGCCCGAGUUCCGCCUGCCGGCUGCCAUGCUCGGGUCGCUGUGCGUGCCCGUGGGCAUUUUCAUCUUUGCCUGGACGUGCUACCCCUCGGUGCACUGGAUCGUGCCCAUGGUUGGAGCCAUGCUGUUUGGCUUUGGCAUCGUCCUAGUCUUCACAAGCGUGUUCACCUUCUUGGUCGACGCUUACCCAGCCUACGCAGCCAGCGCCAUGGCCGCAAACACCUUUUCCCGGUGCCUAUUCGCAACCGCGUUCCCCUUGUUCGGCACGCAGAUGUACAAGGCCCUGGGCAUCCACUGGGCGACGUCGCUCGUGGCGUUCCUGACGGUCGCAAUGAUCCCGUUCCCGUUCUUGUUCUUCAAGUACGGCAAGCAGCUCAGGCAGCGGAGCAGGUUCGCCCGGGCCUAGAAGAAGAAGAAGAAGAAGAAGAAGAAAAAGAAGAACGAAACAGGUACGAAGCAGGAGUGUGUAUCCUGUAUAUGUGUGUCUAUAUGCGUGAACGUAGAGGAACGGGUGAUAAAAGCAUGGUGUUACUAGCAUUUGGCAUCGUUUUGCAUUUUUGCUGCAUUUGGCAUUGGGUUGAGGUUAGAGAGAGAGGAUGGAUGGGAAGUGGCAUUUGCACUUAUAGAUUCAGGUGGCAUACCUAGCGCUUGU